UUAAUGAUUUAUUAUUUACUGCCAGCUUUCAGUGGUUGCUCCAAUUUCUGUUCUGUCUGUAAUUCACCAUAUUUUGUCAAAAAUAACCAGCUUUAAGAAUGAAUGUGCAAAUGUAUACGCCAACGGGAAUUACAGUGAUAGUAAAGAAGUAUACUAACCAGCGCAGUACCUAAUAGUUAAACCACCAUAAAUUGAGACGUUUUCGUUGCUAUAGAAACGUAGUAUCACUCAUGUCUGUAAUGAUUCAAAAAAAAUCAAGAAGUCAAAAAUCCCGACGCGCCCCGCGAGACUGCGGAGUUUGUUGGGGGAAGGGGAGGGAAUUCCGCCAUCUUGGCAAAGAAUAAAGCAAAAAAAGAAAUCGGUAUAGUAAAGAUUUCUGUUACGCUAUUGAUAAAAGUGGAUUAUAGUUAAAAACAAGACUGCGAAUUAAAAGGCACUUUCUGCUGUUUUCAUUGCCCUGUUGUGAAAUCGAACACUCCUCAUACAAGGAUUAUUUUGCUGAACUUUGCAUAGAAGACCAGAAAACUUGGAACUAGUGGACUUGAUUCUUUUCCUUCUUCAGUCUGACAUGGAUCAGGAAUAUGAAAGACGCCUUUUACGACAGAUUAACAUUCAGAAUGAAAAUGCCAGUCCUUGUGUGACAGAUGUCAGGCGGACCUUAACUUCAUCCAACUCCCCAGUAUCAUCACCUAGCAAGCAUGGUGACAGAUUCAUUCCUUCAAGAGCUGGAGCAAACUGGAGUAUUAACUUCCAUAGGAUUAAUGAAAAUGAAAAGUCACCAAGUCAGAACAGAAAAGCUAAAGAUGCCACAUCAGAUAGUGGCAAAGUAGAUGGUCUGGCAUAUUCUGCACUAUUGAAGAAUGAACUGCUAGGAGCAGGUAUUGAGAAAGUACAGGAUCCCCAAACAGAAGAUCGAAGAUUACAGCCGUCUACUCCAGAAAAGAAGAGCCUCUUUCAGUAUUCACUCAGCUCCAAACGUGCUAGCCCUGAUGACGGAAAUGAAGUAUCUCCUUAUUCCUUGUCACCAGUUAGCAAUAAAAGCCAGAAGCUGUUGCGGUCACCUCGAAAGCCCACUAGGAAGAUCUCCAAGAUACCAUUCAAAGUUCUUGAUGCUCCAGAGCUGCAGGAUGACUUCUACCUGAAUCUAGUUGACUGGUCCUCACUUAAUGUGCUUAGUGUUGGUCUUGGCACCUGUGUGUAUCUGUGGAGUGCGUGCACUAGUCAGGUAACUCGGUUGUGUGACCUUUCUGUUGAAGGUGACUCUGUUACGUCUGUAGGUUGGUCAGAAAGGGGGAACCUAGUAGCAGUUGGAACACACAAAGGUUUUGUUCAGAUUUGGGAUGCUGCUGCUGGAAAGAAGCUGUCAACACUUGAAGGGCACACAGCUAGAGUUGGUGCUCUUGCUUGGAAUGCAGAUCAGUUGUCUUCUGGGAGCCGAGAUCGAAUGAUUCUACAGAGAGAUAUCCGAACCCCAGUGAUGCAGUCAGAGCGACGACUCCAGGGGCACAGGCAGGAGGUGUGUGGACUAAAGUGGUCCACAGACCAUCAGCUGUUGGCAUCUGGAGGCAAUGAUAACAAGCUCUUUGUCUGGAACCACUCAAGUUUGAGUCCAGUGCAGCAGUAUAUCGAACAUCUAGCAGCUGUGAAGGCAAUUGCAUGGUCCCCACACCAGCAUGGUCUCCUAGCUUCUGGAGGUGGAACAGCUGACCGCUGCAUCCGAUUUUGGAAUACCCUUACAGGACAGCCAUUGCAGUGCAUAGACACCGGAUCACAAGUCUGCAACCUUGCUUGGUCCAAGCAUGCUAAUGAACUGGUCAGUACACACGGAUACUCACAGAAUCAGAUUUUAGUGUGGAAAUACCCAUCAUUAACGCAAGUAGCUAAGUUAACAGGGCAUUCCUACAGAGUCUUAUACUUGGCAAUGUCUCCCGAUGGAGAAGCAAUAGUAACAGGAGCAGGAGAUGAAACUCUUCGUUUCUGGAAUGUCUUCAGUAAAACACGAUCUACCAAGGAGUCUGUGUCAGCCCUUAACUUGUUCACAAGAAUACGAUGAUCCUAUUACCCUAACUUUGGACUCUGAGAUGUCUGAAGGACAGUACCACUAAUUUACAAAGACUUUUAUUUACUGAAACAAAAUGUACAGGGUGGAACAUGAAAAAUUAUCAAGUACGUUAAAGGCACUGUAUGGAUGGUUAUCGUUUGCCAGUGGCCAUUUUUCAAGCAGCAAGAUUGCAACAGGAUUAAUACUUAAAAGAUUUUGUUACUGAAAAGUGGGUUGAGGGUUGAAGUUGAUUAUUAUCUUUUGACUUGUGUACAGUUUCCUAAAGGAAUGACUGUGCUUUUCUGAGCAAGAGUGGAGAGUUUAAACCUCUUUCUUGUGCACCUCAUUUUUACUUCACCAUUAUGUUGUUGGUCCAGAGCUUGUAUGGGUGGAACAGUUGACUGACCACCAUGUUUUGCUGAAAUUUGGCAUAGUUUAUCAAGUAUUAUUUGGGGGGAUAGUGUUUUAGUGAAAAUCCAAAGGGUAUAACUCUGUUCGCUGGAAGGCAUUGGUUGGUACUUUUGUCCUGAUUGAACCUCAUUGUUUGGAUACUUAUCUAAUGCUAAAAUAUCUUUGUGCAGCACUUUUAACAGAGGUCAGCUCCCCUAACCAAAUCAUAGACUUUAUGGUGUCAUAAGAAUAAUGCUGGUGAGUUGCAUUUUCUGCCAAAAUUAAUCAUAUCCUAUUCUGAUUUUUUUUAUAUUUCUUUUUUGUCUAAACUGAUGGAGCAGAAAAGUGUAUGUAAAACAUGCAAAUGUAUGUAUAUUAUUUAUGUACGUGUUGCAUAUAUCUACACACAUUUGUGCUUUAGUUUUAGUUAAGUGGAAACAUUCAUGUCUGUGUUGACCAUAUGUAUGAUGCAUUCAUAUAUAUGUGUAUGCAUGUACAUGUUUUGCCUUUUUUUAAUCAUCAAGAUUUUAAAACAAGGAUUUUGAUCAUUCAUAAAGGGAAUAGAGAUUGUUGACUUGAAUAUUUGAAACUGUUAAGCAUGUCAAAAUUAUCAGUAAUUCUUUGCCAUCUUUGGUUAUGUUUGAUCACUGUGAUGUGCUUAAUUAACCAUGUCAGAAUUAUCAAGAAUUAUUUGCUGUCAUUGGUUACCAUGUGUACGUAAAGAUAUGUAAUCAGAAAAUUCAUUAGUGGGAGCAGAUGGCUCUUGGUGGGUGGUAGGGGGCAUCAUGAAACAUAAAAAAAUGUGUAUGGUUAUUAUUUUUUUACUUUUUUUAACAUAUUUAAUGAGGUGAAGAAAAGUGUUCGAAUGUACCUUGUUUUUUUUGUUUUUUUUUUUUGUGAAGUGUUUUGAUUAUGCUUGCCUGACAUUCAAAAUGGGAAGCACUUGUUCACUUUUGGGAAAUGCUGUGUAGAUUGUAGUGUUGUGAAGUGUGUUGUAAAACUCCAUCGGUUUUUGUUCUGUAAAUGUUUAGUUAUUUUUAUGUUUGUGAUGUAGUCUGUUUCCUUAUUGCAGUUCUUUGUGUUACAUUGAAUGCUGUUUAAAUAUAGAAAUGGGCAGGUGUAUUGCCAGUCAGACUUGUAAAAAGGAUAGCUUCACCAAUAUGCAUUACCACUGUCUGAUUUUCUGUUUACAUUUUAUAGGUUAUCAUCUGACAUCCAUUAGUAGACAUUAAAACAAAAAGUCAACAUUUUUGUAACCCUUGAAACAGUAAUGGUACUUGUAAAAAGAUGAUGCAGAAGUUUCCCUUCUUCAUUUGAAUGUCAUUGUUUUAAAUGGCAUCAUGACUACUGCCUGCAGUGGUGGAAAAGGCAGAAGCAACUCCAGGAGUGUACUACUGUUGUGGCUUGGACUUAUUUUCAUAAUUUAUGUUUAACUUGACCAUGGAGCAUAAUCUUCUUAAGUGAAGACUUCACAGACCUCCUGGUUGUCUUGACAGUUUACUUGGAGGUAAAUGUUACUCUUGCCAAAUGAAACACAACUCGCCUUUUGAAUACUUAUCUGGCUUUUAUGUCUGCAAGUUGUAGUGCUGGUGUUUGCCUUUGUUCCUUGACUAUUCUGGUGAUGAACACUUUAUUGGAGUGUAUAUGUCUGUCUGCCUUUUUUGUUUCUUUUUUUGUUGUGAACAUGUAAUAUAUGAGGUAUGCUACAACAAUUCUGGGACUGCCAAAUUGUACAGUUUGUUAGAUAUUUAAAGAGAGAGAAGAGUAUUCAGAGUUUAUAACCAAUAAUUCAAGCAUCUUGUUUUGUUAAGCAAGCAUUGUGAGUGAAAAAAGAAAACUGUUUAAAAUGUCAACCUUGUAACAAUUCUCUGGUAAAGUUGUAACUGACAUUAAACAUAAUGUGACAAGAAGUA